AUGAAGGGCAGUCCAAACGCGACGACCAAACUUCACCCGAGGCGCUCGUGGAAUCGAUGGAGGGAUACGAUCGGUCACUUGUACCUCGACGAGAACUGGACGAUGCCGGAGAUCGCGACGCAUUUGACGUCGUACGGCAUGGUGUGCAACCACCGACAGAUCAAGAACCGACUCAAGGACUGGCGGUGGGAACUCAAAAAGACACCGACCCGACACUACCUGGCGAUGAUGGCGGUGGCCGAGGAGAUGCGGAAAAAAGAGGGCGACGGCGACGACGACGACAUUGUGUUUCGGGUGCCGAAGCGUCGAGGCACGGAACUUUACGACCUCAAGAGGGUCAGCAAGGCAUGCCUGAGGGCGAAGAAGAGGUCGGACCAGGUUCAGAAGGACUUUGUCCUCCCGUCGGUCGAAGAUGCCCGUCUGGUGCUCGAGGACGCCGGCAUCACGGCGGAUUUCGUCCGGGUGUCGGACACCUCUCCGGAGGUCUCCAGAGACCCGGAAGGGACAUCGAUGGUCGAGGAUUCUCCCCCGACGCCGGUCCGGAGAUCUGUCCUGCGGAUCGACGAGUUGUGUACGAGUUGA